UGGACAUGGAUAGAUCUUAUGGUAUUGACGAUUAUCAACCAUCAAGAGGCAACGGUUUAGGCUUUGGCUUAGAACCGUCAACAUUUAUAUCGGUACUGGCAUUCCUAGCGUUCCUUCUACAUGCGCUAUUAAUACUGCUAAUACCGACUCUAAAGUCAUUCUUUACCGGACCUUUUUUCGGCCACGGGAUCGGCUACAGUAAUGGAUUCGGUGGUGGAGGAUUCGGAGGUGGACCUGGAUUUGGUGGUGGGGGUUAUGGAGGUCUGCACAACGGAGGCUAUGGAUCCGUCGGUAGUUUCGGUUACGGGGCCAUUCCAUCUAUAUUGGGUGGCGUCAACGGCAUAUUGGGUACAGGGUUGUUAGGCACAACAGGAUUAUUGGGCACGGGCCUGUCUGGACUGUUUGGUCCUGGAGUUGCAGGCUUAGGGGCGGCAGCACCUGCAGCGGCUGCGGCUGCAGGACCGGUGAUUACUCGUGGCGCAAGCAGGGGAAGAGCGGUCGAUGAGAAAAACAGAACGUGGAUGUCCGAAGACGAAACACAUGUUAAACCUAUAGGUGAAGUGGAUGGGUCGACUGGACAAAAUAUAAUGAAAACAACCAAAUUGCUGAGUAAAUGUAAUUUUUACUUUUGUUUAUUUGACAAAAAGAAAUUUGAUCAUAUUAUGUUAUAG